AUGCUCUGGGCAGCGAGAUUAGCAGGCUUCCUUUUAUUCAGAGUACUCAAGACAGGUAGUGAUACACGGUUCGACGAUAUCAGAAAUCAUUUUUUCAAAUUCGCCGGGUUCUGGGUAGGACAGAUAGUCUGGAUAUGGGUAGUAUCCUUGCCAGUAGUCAUCCUCAAUUCACCUGCUGUAUCUUCCCCACUUAGAUCGGGGGAUCCUUUUUUUGGAAAAGCAACUGAUAUAAUUGGGAUUAUACUGUUUGCUAUCGGGUUAUUUUGGGAGGCAGUAGGUGAUAUUCAGAAGUACAUGUUCAAAUCAUCAAACCCACCUAAGGGUAAACCCUGUACCAAAGGAUUAUGGUAUUUCUCUCGUCAUCCUCCUUACUUUGGUGAAAUCACCUUACACUGGGGGCUCUGGUUAUUGUGUUUGACACCAACGACCAACGGUGCUCUACCUAAAUCAGCGAAAUCCGCCCAAUACGCCGCCAUCCUAGCACCCUUAUUCACCAUGGUCCUUCUGUUGUUCGCCUCGGGCCUGCCUACAGCUGAAAAACCCACAGCCAAGAAAUACUUCUUAAUGUCCUACCCUUCUUCCUCCAACUCGACUUCCGCAGGGGAACGGGGCUUUUCGUUACCUGAAGCUGAAAAUGAUAUUUGGUCAAAUUACAAAUCAUACCUCAAAAGAACAAGUAUAAUCAUCCCUUUCCCUCCUUCCUUAUAUGCUAGGUUCCCGGAGUGGUUGAAGAGAAGUGUUUUGUUGGAUUUACCGAUGUUUAGGUUUGAUGAGGGUAAAGAUGGGAGGGAAGCUUGGGAGGAAGAGAGGAGGAAAAGAGGUAGUGCGUGA